AUGAUAAGAAGUUGGAGGAAAAAAGCGAAAUACCGUGCAACAAAUCAUGCAGGCUUCGAUUGGGAAGAUAGUCGCAUACAAGAGUUUCUAUCCUUGCAGCUUCCUUCUCUCAAAAGUCUUAAAGCAAUUGCCGUGACCACAAUCCCGGUCAUUAAACCUAUCACAAGACCAGCAACAGCACUUGCUCUUAACCUAGAGGAACCUAGACAUGGUUUUAAAGGUAACCCACAAAGACUAGGAUUGUUCCCUUCAAAGGCUUCUAUACCAAACUUUGAUCCACCAAAACUUGGCAAUACACCAGUGAAGGAAACCACCAGAGAAGUUAUUACCACCAAAAUCAAGAACUUGCAAGUUACUACAAGUAGAAUCUGGCAAAGCAGGAUUAGGAAAGUCACCAAACAAAGAGUUUUCAUGAAUCCUGAAAGAGACAAGCUUAUCACAGAGGUUCCAAAUCGAUGGAGGCAAAACACCAGCUAG